GUAUACUCUCGCACGCCACGCACAGUUUUCUUGCUUAGUUGAGCUGCCAUAUUAGUUUUACAGCCCAACAAUAACGCGAAUAAAAAUUAAUUUGUUCGGGUAGAGUUUUACGGUUUUACUGGGCUGCAGGCGGACAGAUAAUGGAAGGACACCGGAAUUGUCGUAUGCUCGGAUACGACAAAUGUAAGGAAUACCAUCUUAUCAGGUCACGUCCGAGUGGUUCCCAGAGAGCGAACCAACAAAACUGUCCGAAACUACCAGCAAGGAUAUGGCCGACCAGCGAAGUUUCCCAAGUAGGAUGUUUUUUACCGCCGGACCAACACAUCCCCGGUGAUGGGGUACGGGGCUUGCCCAUUACCAUCGUUUUCGGAUUGAUGGAACUCCAACAAUGGUGCCAACAAAUUUCUUCAAUAGAAGCUCAUCAAUACGGCGAGUGCAGUCAGGCCGGUUAGGCUAUGAGCUGGGAUUCGGAACAAAGUCCGUAAGUACUAGAACAAUAAGGAGUUAACCGGCAAGAGAAAUGUUAUCAAAAUAAUACAGUAUUGAAUAAUGCUUAUUGGGAAAAAAUGCCGAUUUAAUUCUUAAACGUAGAUAAAGUGUAAUCAUCUGUUUUUUUUUUAAAUAAUUAUCCAUACAUUUCCAAUUUUCCUAGGGAAAUCGUCGAAUAGAAAUAGUCUGCCUAUGAUAGCAUAUCAGUCCCUUCUCUACUGAGUUUUUUUAUUCUUAUGUGACUUAUAUGCCAUUAUAGACAGUAGUAAAGCAAGUACAUGGCGGUGCAAAAGUAUGAAUGUUACAAGAAACGUAUCAUCCAAGUUAUUUUAGAAAAAUAUAUAAAAUGUACCAAAAA